ACACGCCUAUUUAUUUUACAGCUUCCGUGGACACUUUUAACCAAUCUUAAAAACAGCCGCUAUCAGAAACGUAAAAAGAACUACCCUCUCUCAAUCGACUUCAAGACUUAGAUUGAUAUUUCUUUAGUUUCAAUCUUAAGUUUGACGGAGCUUCCGUUUCCUGAAGUUUCGCACACAAUCAGCCUUACAGGCCAACACGUUGGUGACAGUGUUUACGAAAAAUUAUGGACGUCUCCUGCAGUUUGCUGACUGUUCAUACGUAAUCCCCUAUCCUCUACUGUUGCAUUGGACUUUUCCUCUUCGCAACACUCAAGUCUAUACAAAGCCGACCUGUUAGGCAGCGGCGCAGCCAAGAAUCACAAUCCUUGACGUGAGUCGGCCAAUUUCCUCCCUUUCUUGGCACCUCCAAACAGUCUGCCGCUCAGCAAUUCUUCAAACAGUAUAUUAUCGUGACACAUGUAACCUGGUCAUGCCUAGGACGUGCAAGAUUCUUUCACAGCAGUAGCAUUCCUUACAAGCCAGAACUUCCUCAGGUCUGUUAGUGCACAGCUUUUGUUGCAAAACAUCUCGAGUGUAGAACCAUCGAAAACUGGGAAUGUAUUCUCCGAGAGGUUGUAUCAAGUCUGUGUAACUACAAACCAACAAUAUUAGAGUCUGCUUCAUCACUACUCAACACAGUUUGAAGCUCAACAGAAUUUGAUUAAGGAGAUUCCUCUCCAUGCUGUAAAACACUCAAAGGUUUAGGUAGAGUUCCUAAUUGACUGCAAAUGCAUAUCUGAUGUGCAGACUGCUGAAACAGAUGUCAGGGGUUCGAAAUAGAGAACGAUAAUGCAAUGGCUUCGAUACUAACACAAAAAUGAAACUCCUUGGAUCCCAGCUUAGUACAUCGUGCCGGGGAAUAAGGAGCAUCUUGAGCAUAUCAUAUUCAUGGAUCCUGGGAAAAAAUUGUUUGCAGAAAGCCUUGACCACAUCCACUUGUGUCAGCAUCCUUCUGGCACUACAGAAUGGUCCCCGGGAUGUCACAGCAACAAGCUAAAGUUGACCAGCUUCGAUGAUGAUAGCGACUGGUCUGAUGACCAGUCUUCUAACGACUCUGCUUCUACUGUUUCAGAUGGUGCAGGAGCGAAGGUCCAAGAGCUGCAUCGCGAAUUCGUGGCGAAAGGAACGAAAACGGAAGUUGUAUCGCCGUUGGUAAGAUCCAUAUUUGAGAAUCGAAAGAAAACGAUCCUCGAUGAAAGUCAGAAACUGUCAAGGAAAGAACAAGUAGUGUCUCAGAGAAUCAAAGAGAAUUCUGUGGAAGAUUACGAAAAGAUGGUGAAUAAGAAGGUGCUAGCCUUGGAUGAAGAAGUGGCAAUUUUCAAAGUAGAAAGCAAGAGACUUAAGAACCUUGCGAAGGAGCAUGAAGAAGGUUUGAAGAGUUUGGCACGAGAGAAAACCGAAUGGGAGGAGCAGAAGAAGAGCCAGAUUCAAGGGUUUCAGACGCAACAAGAGGAGCAAAUCGAGAAACUGAAGAAGGAAAAGAAAAUACUGGAUCGUAGGGCUGCUGUCUUGAACGGUGCGAACCCAAUGCAACGCAAGGAGGUUGAGGAACUGAGAGAGACUUUAGCCAAACAGCAAGAGGAGCACCGCGGAAAAGAAUUACGGCUGCGUCUAACUGUGAAUAUUCUUGACCUUGUCGUCAAUCGGUUAAAAGCCAUGAAUGAGGAUCUGACGAAGCAAGUAUUAGAGAUGCAAGACGAGAUUCGAAGGUACGAGAGCUGCUUGCUUUCUGCUUUAGAUGGCCGAGAAAACGACUUCCUGACAACUCCUUUCUCGAAAAGGCCCUACGGAGAGGCCAAUGACAAACAUGCACACACUUUACCAUGUACUACACCAAAACAACUACCAACUCCAGUAGCACUAGAAGGAAGAAGAAGAAGCAGCAGGUCAGGCAGCCAUGGCUCCAUGGAAGAAAACUGUGAGGCUCUUGACAGCAUGAGUGUUCACGAGAGGGAGCAGUAUAGUAAGGUAUCCACUCCGAGACUUCUAUCCGAGCAAGCCAAGGUGCUCUCCGAAGUCUUCAAUCAACCUUGGAAAGCAGCCCAUCGUUCUGCCAUGGAAAAGGCAGCACUGAGCAGAGCUGAACUGGGCCCAAGAUUUGCAGCAGACUGGAGUUAGUAAUGUAAACCCUAAGUGACUUAGUAAAGCCUCGAACCCUUUUCACACGGGGACCCCCGAAGUAGAAGUAUUGUUGUAGUUUGUAGAAUAUGUUUGUAGAAACCCUGAGAAUACUCUACUUCAUAAGUAUGAAGAAAUUUUAAUUAAUUUAUUGGUUUAAUAAUUUUUUU